AUGGGCGGUUCCAUGGUUCUGCAGGUUCUGCUGGUCUCUUUAGCUGCUGGGGUUCUGCUGGGAUGCUCCCUGAAGAACUUCACCCUCCAUGUGGAGAAGCAGGAGUGCACCCACUGCCUCACCAUCAACACCACCGUCUGCAGCGGCAUGUGCUUCACACAGGACAGUAAUCUGCAGGGCGUGGCCGGGAGAAAGUUCCGGGUUCAGAGAGGGUGUGUUUAUCAGUCGGUGGCCUAUCGCUCGGCUGAAGUGCCCGGAUGCCCCGCCCACAUCGACCCGCUGUAUAUCUACCCCGUGGCUCAGCGCUGCCGCUGCAGUAAAUGCAACACCGUUACAAACGAAUGCGUCCAGACGCCGCUGCAGCUGCACGACUCCUGCAGAUCAAAGCAGCAGCUUCAGUAAAGAUCAAAGACCAGUAGUGAUCUCUGAUCACUGAGUCACACCAUCGGCUAAGAUAGUAACCAGGAGAUGCUAGGCUAAUGUCGCUAACAAACACUGGAAUUACACUAGAACUAAUAUGAUGUUUUUGUAAACAGAUUCCAAUAAACUUUAAGUAUGUGCAGC